AUGCUCCUUUGCAUUCCCUAUUUGGCUCAGAAUCACAAUUGUUCAGGAAUCGAGAUCGAACCUCACUGUCAUCUCUACAUCUCUACUUUAAAACUGCAAUAAAUUUUCUGUGAAAAUAACACAAGCCUUCCGUGAGUGACAGGCUUUUGCUUGGGUUGGAUUGAGCUUUACCAGCCACAGGUUAUCAUACAGAAAAAGCGUCGUGAAGAUUUACAAAUAUUAAAAAUAUUUAUCCGUUCCAGGGGCUUAAUGGAGAGCUCAGAGAAUUCAAAGCGUGAAUUGCGCAAUCCGAGCAUCAACUCAAGAACAUUUACUUCAGAAGUGUUUGACACAGAAGUUGUACCGUCGUCGCUUGCAAGUAUUGCACCAAUUCUGCAGGUUGCCAGUGAAAUAGAAUCGGAGCGUCCACGUGUCGCAUAUCUGUGCAGAUUUUACGCAUUUGAGAAAUCUCAUCGGCUAGAUCCCACUUCGAGCGGAAGAGGCGUUCGCCAAUUCAAGACUGCUUUGCAGAAACGUUUGGAUAAGGACAAUGGACAAACACUAGCUUCAAGAGUUUUCUCGAAGGAUGCACAAGAAAUUGAGCGUUUUUACAGCCAAUAUUAUGAAAACUAUGUCAGGGCUCUUGAUAGAGCUGAACAGGCUGACAGGGCUCAGCUUGCAAAGGCCUAUCAGACAGCUGGGAUUCUUUUUGAAGUGCUGUGUGCUGUUAAUAAAACUGAAAAAGCAGCAGUUGCUCCUGAGAUUAUGGCAGCAGCCAAAGACGUUCAAGAAAAAAAGGAAAUAUAUGCACCUUAUAAUAUCCUUCCUCUUGAUGCUGCAAGUGCUUCACAAGCAAUUAUGCAACAGGAAGAGGUAAGAGCUACUGUAGCUGCCCUGCGCAACAUCCGUGGCUUGAAUUGGCCUUCCUCAUUUCAGAAGCAGCAGCAGAAGACAAGAGAACUAGAUCUUCUUGAUUGGUUGCAGGCAUUGUUUGGCUUUCAGACAGAUAAUGUUGCGAACCAAAGGGAGCAUUUAGUUCUUCUAUUGGCCAAUGUACACAUAAGAUUAGAGCCUAAGCCAACACCUCUCAAUGUGCUUGACAAACGUGCAAUAGAUUCAGUAAUGAGUAAGCUGUUCAAUAACUACAAGAAGUGGUGCAAAUUUCUUGGUCGGAAGCAUAGUUUAAUCUUGCCAAAAGUAGAGCAAGAGAUACACCAGCGUAAAAUACUUUACAUGGCACUCUACCUGCUGAUAUGGGGUGAAGCUGCAAACAUUCGCUUUAUGCCAGAAUGCCUUUGCUAUAUUUUUCAUAAUAUGGCCUAUGAACUACAUGGAAUGUUAGAGGGAAAUGUCAGUGUUGUCACAGGGGAGAAUAUCAAACCAGCAUAUGGUGGCGAUGAAGAAUCAUUUCUGACAAAAGUCAUAACACCUCUAUAUCAUAUAGUUGAAAAGGAAUCUAAGAAAAAUAGGAAUGGAACAGCACCUCAUUCAACUUGGUGCAACUACGAUGACUUGAAUGAAUAUUUCUGGUCAGUUAAUUGUUUUCGCCUUGGUUGGCCAAUGCGUGAUGAUACUGACUUUUUCAGAACUUCAACAGAUACAGGAUCUUUGACACGUAAAAGCACAACAAAAAGAAUGGGAAAGAUGAACUUUGUGGAGAUGCGUACAUUCUGGCACAUUUUUCGAAGUUUUGAUAGAAUAUGGACAUUCCUCAUUCUGGCAUUACAGGUCAUGAUCAUUAUUGCUUGGAAUGGAUCCAAGUCCCUAAAGGAUAUUUAUCAAACUGACCUUUUUGUGCAAGUCUUGAGUAUAUUCAUUACAGCAGCAAGCUUACGGCUUAUUCAGGGCAUCUUGGAUGUUUUCAUGAACUUUCAGGCUUAUAACAGCACAAGAAUCACUGUUCUGAUCCGGCUAGUUGUGAAGCCAGUUGUUGCAGUUGCAUGGGUUAUCAUCCUUCUGCUAUGCUAUGUGCAUACAUGGGAAAAGCCACCUGGAAUUUUGAAAACCAUUCAGAUGUGGAUUGGAUAUAGAGGAAAGAUGCCAUCAUUAUAUAUAUCAGCUGUCGUCAUCUAUUUGCUCCCCAAUAUACUAUCUGCUGCAUUCUUUGUGUUUCCAUUGCUGCGGAGAUGGAUUGAAAAAUCUGAUUGGCAUAUUAUACGUUUUCUCCUCUGGUGGUCACAGACAAGAAUUUAUGUUGGGAGAGGAAUGCACGAGAGUCAAUUCACACUUUUCAAGUAUACCUUAUUCUGGAUGCUGCUAUUGAUCAGUAAAUUGGCUUUCAGCUACUACAUACAAAUAAAACCUCUUGUACAGCCAACAAAGGACAUAAUGAAAGUAACACAUAUUCGUUACCUGUGGCACGAGUUAUUCCCAAAUGUACCAGGAAAUAUAGGGGCAGUUAUAUCUCUCUGGGCACCUGUAAUAUUGAUUUAUUUCAUGGACAUCCAGAUUUGGUAUGCAAUAUUUUCCACCUUAUCUGGUGGUUUUAGUGGAGCCAUGAGAAGGCUUGGAGAGAUCCGGACAUUGGGAAUGUUGAGAUCAAGAUUUCAUUCUUUACCUGGUGCAUUCAAUGCUUAUUUGGUGCCAUCUGAAAGGCGUCUGCAAAGAAAAUUUUCUUUUGCUCGGCGAUUUGAAGAGGUUUGCCCAAGCAGAAAGACAGAAGCUGCCAGAUUUGCACAGUUGUGGAAUGAAGUUAUUUGUAGCUUCCGUGAGGAAGACAUAUUAAGCAACAGAGAAAUGGACCUUUUACUCGUUCCAUAUUCCUCAGAUUCAAGUCUAAAUCUAAUUCAGUGGCCUCCAUUUUUGCUGGCCAGCAAGAUUCCAAUAGCAUUGGAUAUGGCAGCUCAAUUUAGGGCAAGAGAUGCAGAUCUCUGGAAACGCAUAUGUGCUGACAAGUAUAUGAAAUGUGCAGUUAUUGAAUGUUACGAGUCUUUCAAACAUGUGUUGAAUACACUAGUUGCUGGGGACAAUGAGAAAAGGAUAAUAGAAAUAAUCUUAGAGGAGGUUGAAGCAAAUAUCUCAAAAAAUACACUUCUAGCCAACUUCAGAAUGAGUGCUUUACCUACCAUUUACAGAAAAUUUGUGGAGCUCAUUGAGAUAUUGAAAAACAGUGAAGCAUCUAUGCGUGACAAUGUAGUACUAUUACUUCAAGAUAUGCUAGAAGUUGUAACUCGUGAUAUGAUGGUUAAUGAAAUUAGAGAGCUUUUAGAAUCUAGUCAGGGAAAGCAAGAGGCAAACAAUGGAAGGUAUGACUCUGUAGAUGCACCCCAAACAAAUAGACAGUUGUUUGCGGGCACUAAACCUAAACCUGCAGUCAUCUUUCCACCCCCAGCAACAUCCCAGUGGAUUGAACAGAUAAAAAGGCUUUACUUGCUUUUAACAGUGAAGGAAUCUGCCAUGGACGUACCACUUAAUCUUGAAGCACGUAGACGCAUAUCUUUUUUUGCAAACUCUUUAUUUAUGGAUAUGCCAUAUGCACCUACAGUUCGGAAAAUGCUCUCUUUCAGUAUUCUUACUCCAUACUAUAGUGAAGAGACAAUUUAUUCAAAAGGUGACCUUGAACUUGAAAAUGAGGAUGGAGUCUCAAUUGUCUUUUACCUGCAAAAGAUCUUUCCAGAUGAAUGGAGUAACUUUAUGGAGCGCUUAAAUUGUAAAAGGGAAAGUGAAGUAUGGGCAAGUGAAGAGAAUGUGCUUCAACUUCGUCAUUGGGCUUCGCUAAGAGGUCAAACGCUGUCUAGAACUGUCCGUGGCAUGAUGUAUUAUAGAAGAGCACUGAAGCUACAAGCAUAUCUUGAUAUGGCUUCAGAAAGUGAGAUUUUAGAAGGUUACAAGGCAACAGCUUUUCCAACUGACGACGAUAUAAAGAGCCAGAGGUCAUUAUAUGCUCAAUUAGAAGCUAUGGCUGACAUGAAAUUCACUUAUGUUGCUACCUGCCAAAACUAUGGUAUCCAAAAACAAAUUGGAGAUCGUCGAGCUACAGAUAUUUUAAAUCUAAUGGUUAACAAUCCUUCCUUGCGUGUGGCAUAUAUCGAUGAGGUUGAAGAGAGGGAAAAGAACAGUGUCAAAAAAGUGUACUAUUCAGUAUUGGUUAAAGCAGACAAUAACCGUGAUCAGGAAAUAUACCGCAUUAAACUACCGGGACCAGCAAAACUGGGGGAGGGGAAACCAGAAAAUCAGAACCAUGCCAUUAUUUUUACACGUGGUGAAGCACUGCAGACUAUUGACAUGAAUCAGGAUAAUUAUUUGGAAGAAGCUCUUAAGAUGCGUAAUUUAUUGGAAGAGUUCCAUGAAGACCAUGGUGUACACCCUCCAACAAUUUUAGGUGUCCGUGAACACAUUUUUACUGGAAGUGUAUCCUCAUUGGCUUGGUUUAUGUCUAAUCAAGAAACAAGUUUUGUUACAAUUGGUCAGCGGGUUCUUGCUAGCCCUUUGAAGGUACGUUUCCAUUAUGGCCAUCCUGACGUCUUUGAUAGGAUAUUCCAUAUCACGCGAGGAGGCAUAAGUAAGGCAUCACGUGUCAUUAACUUGAGUGAGGACAUCUUUGCAGGCUUCAACUCCACCCUAAGACAAGGCAAUGUCACUCACCAUGAAUAUAUUCAAGUGGGAAAAGGUCGAGAUGUGGGACUAAAUCAAAUCUCACUCUUUGAAGCAAAGGUAGCCUGUGGCAAUGGGGAGCAGGCAUUAAGUCGAGAUAUUUACCGACUAGGGCAUCGGUUUGACUUCUUCCGGAUGCUGUCAUGCUAUUACACAACUGUUGGGUAUUAUGUCAGUACAAUGUUGGUUGUGAUCACUGUGUAUGCAUUUCUAUAUGGGCGUCUCUACUUGGCACUAAGUGGGUUAGAAAAGUCACUGCUAAAAAAAGCAGAAGUCAAUGAAAAUUAUCCUCUCGAGGCAGCUCUUGCGUCACAAUCUCUAGUUCAGAUAGGCAUAUUGAUGUCUUUACCAAUGGUUAUGGAGAUUGGCUUAGAAAGAGGCUUCCGGUCUUCAAUUGGCGAUUUCAUUAUCAUGCAACUUCAGCUUGCCUCUUUCUUUUUCACAUUCUCUCUGGGAACAAAAACUCAUUAUUUUGGGCGGACAAUUUUGCAUGGUGGUGCAAAGUACAGGGCCACUGGACGAGGUUUUGUGGUGCGACAUGAAAAAUUUGCAGAAAAUUAUAGGCUUUAUUCAAGAAGCCAUUUUACAAAAGGGCUGGAGCUGAUGAUGCUUCUGUUUGUGUACAACAUUUAUGGUGCAGCAACAAAAGAUUCUUUAGCUUAUCUGUUUAUAAACAUUUCAAUGUGGUUCCUGGUAGCAGCAUGGUUAUUUGCUCCAUUCUUGUUUAACCCAUCAGGGUUUGAAUGGCAAAAGAUUGUUGAUGAUUGGGAAGAUUGGAGCAAAUGGAUAAGCAGCUGGGGUGGUAUUGGUGUGCCUGCAAAUAAAAGCUGGGAAUCUUGGUGGGAUGAGGAACAGGAGCAUCUUCGGUAUACCAGAUUUCUUGGACGAAUAUUAGAGAUUGUUCUUUCCUUCAGAUUCUUUAUAUACCAAUAUGGUUUGGUGUACAAUUUAAAAAUAGCAAAUGGAAAUCAAAACAUAAUUGUGUAUGGCCUAUCAUGGCUUGUUAUUGUAGUCGUACUGCUGAUUUUAAAGGUGGUGUCCAUGGGACGAAAAAAGUUCAGUGCAGAUUUUCAGUUAAUGUUCAGAUUACUCAAACUACUCCUCUUCUUCGGAACCAUUGCAAUCAUUGUAAUACUAUUUACUCUCCUUAACCUCUCCGUAGGGGAUCUAUUCGCCAGUAUUUUAGCCUUCAUGCCAACAGGGUGGGCAUUGCUUCAGAUUGCUCAGGGAUGCAGACCAGUGGUGGUGAAGAUUGGUUACUGGGAAUCAGUAAAGUCCCUUGCAAGAGCCUAUGAUUAUGUGAUGGGGUUGGUCAUUUUCUUACCUGUUGCAGCACUUGCAUGGUUCCCCUUUGUUUCUGAGUUCCAGACUCGCCUGCUCUUCAAUCAAGCUUUCAGCAGAGGUUUGCAGAUCUCCCGGAUAUUGGCGGGUGGAAAGAAGCAAAAUUAAACCAUUCAUUAUAGCAAUGUCGUAAAGUUGCUACUUUUUUUAUUUCUUUUCUGAUUUUUAAUUUCUUCGGAAUGUCCCUAUUGCAAUAGAGACGAGACAUUUUACUCCGCAUUAUUGUCCAAGUCUUGGUGGAUUAUUUUUUUUCCUAAAAUCUUCCUCCAACUUUUUGGUAGUGGCUUGGGCUAAAUCAAUGUAACGAAGACAUCAUCACCUUGGUGGUUUCAGUAUUGUUAGGUGAAAUUGAGUCCUUUGAUUUUCUAUUUUUUAUUUUUUUGGCUAAAUCAGUUUAUGAUCAUAAUGACAUCAAGAUUUUGCAAGUACUAACUACAAAUGAUAUGAAUUCAUUCGUUCUUUGGAUU